AAUGUAUUUUGCAAUAAAAUGACGCAAAACUGGAAAAAUCGUAACUACGGUCCUCGUUUAUAACUUAUAAGCCCUAUUUUUUUCACGUUUUGGUGAUAAAUUCCGUCUAACGGGACGUUGUAUAGGCAACCAGUUGUACGCGUCUAGUGGCAGUGAGGUUAUGUAAAAAAAAAUGUUUUUGCGUAAAACAAUAAUUAAACGUUGGACUAAUCGUUUAAAGAUAGUGAAUAUGUAAAUUAAGUGAUUUUCGUCGAUUGAUAUACACAACGAUGGCGGUUUUGCCCCCCGACCCUGUCUUUUGUCUAAAAAGCGACAUGGGGCACAUUCACAGUCUUUGCUUCCCCACAACUACCGAAGACUACGCCUCGAGACUGCUGGCGGCGACUGAGAGCGGCUUCGUGUACUUUUGGGACUUGGAGACUAAUCGCCUCCAACACAAACAAUCAAUGGGCGAGUCAAUCCAGGCCGUCCACUCCAUAUCACACGACAUAAUCACACAGGAAAAAGUCGGCAUGGUCAAAUUCUGGACCAUUACCAACUCCUCCUACCAACUCUCCACAAGCUACACUUGUCGCGGGGGCUACUGCCGCAGUAUCCUCCUCAACGACAACCUCAUCGUGCCCCAAGAGGACAGCACGCUCGACAUAAUCAGCAUUAAAACCAUGUCGAAAACCGCCCGUCUGGUGCCCCACAAGCACCAGCUGGGCAACGUCAUGUGCCUCCAGAAGGUGGAGCUCGGGGGGAAAACCUACAUUCUGGGGGGGUUUGAGACGGGGGACAUCGUCCUGUGGGACUACACCACAGCGCAGCCUUGCGGCCACUUAAAACUGCGCGAAUGUAUCACGUCGCUUACUUUUGACCCGGUGACGGGGCGCGGUAUUUGCGGGAACGCCUCGAACACGCUCCAGAUUUUUACAAUUGAUAAGAGUUUUAAUAUUACGCUCAAAUGCGAAAUUUCCAUCACGAAUGAAGGGUGCAAUAUUGUUAAGUUGCGGGAUGAUAGGAAGAUUUUUGUGGCGGGGAAUUGGGACGGGAGUUUGAGGCUCUUCUCCUGGAAGAGUCUCAGGCUUUUGGUCGUUUUGAACGAGCAUAAGGGGGCUGUGACCGAUGUGCAGUUUUCAGUAAAGCCGGUCAGGUUUUGGGAUGCUAAUAUUAUGGCAGCCAGUGGCGCCGAUGGCGUUAUUUCCUUGUGGAAUUUGUACAAUUAAUUGCGACUGAAUUGACGAUUUUCAAAUAAUUUUAUGUGAGAAAUAAGUUGUUGAAACUUUCUGAGUGUAUUUUUGUUAAAUAAAACUUAAUGAGCUUAA